AUGGAACCUAUAACAACAGCCAACCAACAAGUUGUUGAGACACCUUCAAGUGGUCAUGCUGGUGCCACACCUGUUACCAACCAAGCCAAGCCAAAGAUGAACAAUGGAGUGUUGGCUAAGGAGCUGGAAAUAGAGCGUGUUAGGAAUAGAUUCAUCUCGCACGAGGUUAAAAAGAUGGAUCGCAAUCAAUCAAGAAUCAAUGCGCCACAGCGUUCAACCUCGGAUACCGAGUCCGAGUCUGACUCUGAGUUCUUCUUGAAGAAGCCAACGAACUCGACCACAACAACACACUACCAUAUAAGACCAACUGUUCGAGUAUCUGACAACAACAAUACCAAGAUUGGAACCACUCAGGUUGCUCAACCUCAACUACAAGCUCAAGUGACCAAGCCUGUCGUUGCCACACCAGUUGCCACUGGCAGGGGUACUACAGCAUCCCUUCCCAGAGAGGCUGGACUUUACGCUCUUAGGCCAUCCCUCCUGAGCAGUGAAUCUACUGGUGCCAGCUAUAGAGGAUUCUUCAACUUGAUGGUUCUUCUCCUAAUACUUACAAGCUUCAGACUGGUGAUACUCAAUCAUCUGACAUAUGGCAUCAGGAUAGACCUUGGAUUGCUACAGAUAUCGGAAUGGCAUAGAUGGCCAGGCUUAGUCAUUGCACUAAGUAUGAACAUCUAUAUACUGUUGGCAUACUUUGUGGAGAAGGGCGCAGCCAAUAAGAUGCUACCACCUUCCUUCUUUGUGAUGAUGAGGAUCAUCAAUUGCACCGGAUUGAUCACUAUUCCAACUGCAUCAAUAGUAUACCUGACACCAAAUCCAGUGUCUGGCAUCAUUGUGAUGAUUACCGUCUGCAUACUAAGCAUGAAGAUAGUAUCCUAUCACUAUGAGAACAACAAACAACGACAUUUGCAUCCAGACAACAAGAAGUUCGAUGGUGUCACCGAUCCCGAGCAAUACCCAAACAACAUCACUCUAACAAACAUCUACUGGUACAUGUUCGUACCAACAUUGGUCUAUCAGCUAAGCUACCCAAGAUCGCCACGCAUCAGAAAGCUGUUUAUGUUGAGGAGAAUCAUUGAGGCUGUAUUCUUGUCUGCACUAAUCUUCUGGAUGGUCGAGCAGUACAUGGUGCCACUGGUGGAGAACAGUGUCAAGCCAAUGGAGCAGUAUGACUUUGUCCGAAUUGUCGAGCGAGUUAUGAAACUCUCGCUUCCCAAUUUAUACGUAUGGCUGCUGGGCUUCUACGUGUUCUUCCAUCUCUAUCUUAACAUUUGCGCAGAGUUGACGAGGUUUGGAGACCGCGAGUUCUACAGGGACUGGUGGAACAGCACUGGUUUGGACUACUUCUGGCGCACUUGGAACAUGCCAGUGCAUCACUGGAUGGUGGUGAUCAUCUACACACCAAUGCGCAGAAGGGGCUGGUCCAAGCACUGGGGCUACUUCAUGUGCUUCUUUGUGUCGGCCGUCUUCCAUGAGCUGGUCAUCAGUGUGCCCUUCCAGACGAUCAAGUUGUGGGGCUUCCUGGGCAUUGCCAGCCAGAUGAUCCUUAUCGUGUUGACCAAGAACUUGAUGAAUGGCAAGACCAUUGGCAACGUCGUCUUUUGGUUCAGCAUCGUGUUGGGUCAGCCCUUGAUCGUCCUACUCUACUAUCGCAACUUCAUCGUCGAGCAUCCACAUCUCUAUCCAAAGAUCAGUGGCGUGCUCUCCGAAUCCAACUAA